AUGAAAUUAUUAUUACUUUUAUCAAUUAUCUUUUUAUUUACAACUAUUAUUAUUGCUUCAAUUAAUCAUGAUCCAAAUAAUGAAAAAAAUCCUUCUUUUUAUUUAAUUGAAAAGGACGAAAGAAAAUGUCCAAAACCAAAAUGUGGAGGUUAUUUUAUUUCAAUGUUGAAUGAAAUGGGAGGAGAAAAGACUUAUGUUUCUGAACUUUCAACGGAUCCAAAGCUCAAUGGUCCAAUGGAAAUUGCAGAAGGUCGUCAAAUGAUUGGUUAUGGUUAUACUAAUAGACCAAGUUCAAGACAUUACAUGGAAAUGGUGGUUAUUAAAAUUUUUAUUUCAAUUCAAAUUACGAUUUCUAAAAAUCCACAUGCACAAUAUUAUAUGAUCGAUUCUACAAAGUGUCUCAAACCACCAUGUCCAAUGGUAACUCAUCUUCUCAAUCAGGGUACUGAUUCUCAUAUCAAAUCAAUCAAGAAUCCUUUCAUGUCAAUUCCAAAUAUCGAUGAGGAAUGGAUGACCUCUAGAUUGUAUGGUAUGGAUGAUCUUCAUUCAAUUGUUCAAAUGACUGAAAAUGACAAAAAGUACACAAUGACUGGUAUGUUUAUUCAAGUUCCAGAUCCAAUCAUACCAUGUCCAAAAGUUCAAGAUAAAUGUCAUGGUAAAGAAAUCAAUGUUUAUUCUUUAGAUUCAAAUCGUUGUCCAGUUUGGAUGCAUUGUACAAUGCCCACAAAUUGUCAUGUCCCAAUGCCAAAAUGUCAAGAUGGUUGGGAUUUACAUAGUUUUCCAUCCCAUCCCAAUGGUUGUUUGAAAUAUUAUUGUAAUCCAGAUUUCAUUACUCCAUCACCAAAAAUUAAAUCAAAUUAA